ACAUGCGCCGGGGGGGGAAGGGUCCUGGGACACCCUUAAAUACCGUCUUGCUAGCGUGCUGGUCCUCUUUCCCUGCCGCCGCCGAGUCGCGCGGAGGCGGAGUCUCGGGUGCAUUCAAGAUUCGGCUCCACCCGUAACCCACCGCCAUGGCCGAGGAAGGCAUUGCUGCUGGAGGUGUAAUGGACGUCAAUACUGCUCUACAAGAGGUGCUGAAGACCGCCCUCAUCCAUGAUGGCCUAGCACGUGGAAUUCGCGAAGCUGCCAAAGCCUUAGACAAGCGCCAAGCCCAUCUUUGUGUGCUUGCAUCCAACUGUGAUGAGCCUAUGUAUGUCAAGUUGGUGGAAGCUCUUUGUGCUGAGCACCAAAUCAACCUGAUCAAGGUUGAUGACAACAAGAAGCUAGGGGAAUGGGUAGGCCUCUGUAAAAUUGACAGAGAGGGAAAACCCCGUAAAGUGGUUGGUUGCAGCUGUGUGGUUGUUAAGGACUAUGGCAAAGAGUCUCAGGCCAAGGAUGUCAUCGAGGAAUACUUCAAAUGCAAGAAAUGAUCAAAUAAAAAAACUGGGCUCUUGUUUCUCAUUUCUGUUCUUUGGGGGGAGGGCAGUAACAUAAGGUCCCUGUUAACGAAGGACAAAAGAUAAAAAAUCAUGGACGU